GNUUUCAAGUCUGGCAUGGCCAAGUCCAUUCAUCACGCUAGAGUCCUCAUCAGGCAGAGGCACAUAAGGGUUGGGAGACAGGUGGUGAACAUUCCAUCAUUCAUGGUUAGGGUUGAUUCUCAGAAGCACAUUGACUUCUCACUCACGAGUCCACUUGGUGGUGGUCGCCCUGGACGCGUGAAGAGAAGGAACCAAAAGGCUGCUGCUAAAAAGGCCGCUGGUGGAGAUGGAGAUGAGGAGGAUGAAGAUUAGGUUAUUAAUGUCUAGCAACCUUUCUUGUGCGCACCUUUUAAUUAAUGUAGACAUUUUAGAAUUUUGUCAUGCUCCGACUCUUAUAAAAUUUUCCGUACUUGUUUUUUGUUUGAGGUAAAGUUGUGCCUGAGGUAUGAUGAUUUUGAACUCUGCUUUCUCAAAGUAUUCAAGUUUUGCUGCCA